UGAAAAUAUAGUAAAGUGUAUGUUACAAAAUUUUUGAAUAUAUUUGCCUCGUUAACGCAAUAUUUAACGUGUCGUCGUCGUGCGUCCGUGUAUAUGUGCACGCAUACACACACAUAUACACACGUAUAUAUAAAUAUACAUAUAUAUAUAUAUAUAUAUAUAUAUGAUGAUCGUGUGCGUACACACACGUAUAGACGUGUAUUACUUCUAUAUGCAGUUUGUUAUAAACAAAGCAAGCGAUAUCGAGCCCUUUGCACGCAGUUAAACGCGAUACGAUGACAUUUGGUCGAGUUUAAUUAUAAUUUAACAAGAAAUAGAAAUAAUCGAGGAGAUAUCGAGAAAGAAGUGAAUUAUGGCAGCACAAGUUAUGUGUUUAACAUCAUCAGGAGGAAUUCCAUUGUUUUCUCGUCAAAAGGGAGAUAAAGAAAUGAUAACUUUUUCUAAAAUGGCAUCUCUAAAUGGCGUCCACAUGUUUCUUAAAACACAAAAUAUGAAGCUAUUAAAUACAGAUCUACCAGAUACAGCUAUAGUUUGGAAAGAAUAUGAACAAAGUAUUAUAUUAAUAAUUAUUGCGAAUGGUGCAACAAAAUAUACUUUAAAUAAAUUCCUCGAUGUUGCCUUUGGUGCGAUGAUCUUAUUCGUCGGUAUUGAUGAAAUCAAAAAUGCAAAGAAUAUAGAGCGCUUGAAAAAAGAUUUGCGUGCAUGUAAUCCAAUUAUAGAUAGACUCUUAGAAUGUUUAGAUAUCGGAGAUCGAAUUUGUACCAAGACGGAUAUUGUUAAUAUGACAGAGUGUAUAAUUUUACAUGAGAACCAUCUGUUGCAGACUUGUUUAGAGGGAUACAUGGAAUGUUUAGAUUCAAUGUAUGGAUGCAUUUUGGUACAUGGUUGUUUAGCAGUAGCAACCGAUGGAUGGUGGUCCUUGGAUCCUAUAGAAAGAAAAUUGUUAAUAAUGACAAUAGCGACCGAAACUAAUUACACGGCACGCGAUUUACCAAUAUUUUUACCAUACAAAAGUCCUGACAUAGCUUACAGAUUAGUAUCUAUCACGUUGAUAAAUCAUGUAGAAGUGGUGGCCUUAUGCGGACCUAAUCCAGAGUUAUCAGAGAUUGAAAGAUAUGUUGUGCAAUGCUGGAGAACAAGUAUGGACAUUUUACGUAAUUCGGAACAGUGUUAUCCUAGAAACGUACCCACUGCAAUCUCUUUGGAUAUUAAUGCAUUGGGAUUCUUAUUGGCAAACUGUAAGAUAGAAAAAUUUGUACUUGGUAGAAAUGCACAAAGCGCAAAAAAUCGAGUAACGGGAACGCACAGAUUAGACGUAUUAAGAACUUUUUAUCAUCAGGCAAUAGAAACAUUUAUGCCUUCGUCCGAGUUGGAAGAAAAUUGCCUAGAAAUGGACUUUGGAAGUAAAUGGAAAUUUGUGGGUGCCAAGGAAACAUAUCUGUGUUCGGAAUAUCAUAAAUGUCAUGCUCUAAAAGAUGGAGAUCACAUACUCUGCGUAUUAUAUACAUCUAUGGUACCUACUCAUACAAUGAGAUUGAUUACCGAAAAGAUCUUGAAAAUGUUAUUAAUCGAUAAGCAAAUUUGUUGGUAGACAUUGCAAGGAAAAUGAAAGAAAUUAUUCUUUUAAGAGAAUAAAAUGUUUUCCUGCUUCGUGGUCCAUGCGGGAGAUAGUGCCUAUAAAUAUAUAUUUAUAUGAAUCAUUCGUCCAAAGAGUUUGUAGGGUUAUGUUAAAUGUACGUACCAUAUACACUUAAAUAUACCUACAUAAAGCUACAUAAAUAUACGUCGCAUAUACUCGUACAUGCGGCGAGCGCGCUUUUAUCGAAUAGAGUUGAAAAAAAAAAAAAAAAAAAAAAAAAAAAAAAAAAAAAAAAAAAACAAAUAAAUAAAUAAGAAGAAAAGUUUAGUUCCCGUACGAGGCCGUGAGCGUCGCUCGUGUACUCGUAAAGAUCUAGAUCGUUCGAACGAUUUAGAUCUUUAAAUAGGUUAAA